CUCGAAUCAAGGCCACUGGCUAUCUCCUCGCCAGUCGCGCUCUACUCAGUCUUCGCGGUACUUUUUCACUUGAAACAUACGUAACGCGGCAAUUUCAAUUUCCACCACCGUAUUUUAUUAAACAUUCGCAGCGAUACGCAGAUUUUUUUUCAUAUAUGGAUUGUAUUGUACAUCGAUAUAUUUUCGAAAGUGCGGAUAUUUGUGAUAUGAAGUAGUUUCGAUUCAAAAGAUUUUAAUUUUUUUGAAAGUUCGUCGUAUGUGCCUGGUGCUCAGCGCUGCUGUUGUCAAACACUUUCGAUUGAUCAAAAAUUGAAAAUGCACGAAGAAUAUGCCGUUUAUGUUGACAAAGUCGUGAAAAAAUAUGGUACUAAAGAAAUUUUGCAGGAGUUGUGCAUGAAAGUAGAAAGAGGAAUCAUAUAUGGAUUACUCGGUGCAAGUGGUUGUGGAAAGACAACUCUGCUAAGCAGCAUAGUCGGUAGAAAAAAUAUCGACGGAGGUGAAAUAUGGGUGAUGGGUGGAAAGCCAGGAGAAGCUGGUAGCGGUGUUCCUGGACCAAGAGUGGGUUACAUGCCACAGGACAUAGCCUUAGUUGGAGAAUUUACCGUGAAGGAUGCCAUAUAUUAUUUUGGAAGAAUUUUCGAAAUGGAGGAAUCUCUAAUUGAUAAGAGGUACCAAGAAUUACAUACUCUACUGGAACUUCCUCCAGAUGAAAGGUAUUUGAAAAAUUGCAGUGGAGGACAACAGAGAAGAGUAUCUUUAGCUGCAUCACUAGUUCAUAACCCCGAAUUACUAAUCAUGGACGAACCAACAGUAGGAGUGGACCCUGUAUUAAGAAACAGGAUAUGGAACCAUCUGGUGGAAAUUACUAGACAACAAAAUAUAUCUGUGAUAAUUACCACGCAUUAUAUAGAGGAAUGUAGACAAGCAAACAAGAUUGGUCUCAUGCGGGAAGGAAGACUUCUGGCAGAAGAGUCCCCUUCUCGUCUUUUAACUUUAUUUAACAGCGAAACCUUAGAAGAUGUAUUUUUGACUCUUAGUAGAAGACAGGAAGAAGGUAAACUACCCGCCGUCAGUUCUCUACCGAUCGUUGACGAUCAGAACAAUUCCGUCAUAGUGACUGAUAAUACAGGAUCUAGAACGAGCGUGGCUACUGUUUCUACAUUCGAAAUUGGACACGGAUCUACGGAUAUUUUAACUAAAAAGAAGAGUUUAAAAACCAGUAAUUCGCUUAACAAAAGUCGAAUGAAGGCAUUGUUGGACAAAAAUUGGAAACAAUUUUAUAGGAAUGUAACUGGUAUAUUCUUCUUAAUGACUUUCCCGAUAAUCCAAGUAGGAAUAUUCAUGAGCGCUGUAGGAGGCGAUAUCAAGAAUAUUCCUUUAGGAAUAGUGAAUGACGAAUCGAUGUUAGUUAAUUGUUCGAAUUUUUCUAUAAACGGAUCUGCCAUUCCAUCGACGGAUGAAUACGGUGUUUGUCACUUCAGGAAUUUGAGUUGUAGAUUUUUGAUGCACCUCGAUCAUCCCAUGAUACACAAGGUGUAUUAUGAUAAGUUGGACGAAGCAAAAGAAGACGCCACGCAUGGUAAAAUUGUGGGCGUCAUGUACAUAUCAUCGAAUUUCACCGAUACUUCAGAAAUGCGAAUAGAAAAAGGAAAAGAUGCGGAAUCCGAAAUAUUAGAUCUGAGCGAAAUUAAAGUAUGGAUGGACAUGUCUAAUAGACAGAUAGGAGCAACAUUAAAAUACAAACUGAUCGAUCUCUAUACCAAUUACCAAAACGAAAUAUUCAACGACUGCGGCUUCGUUAAAGGUUUAGGAGAUCUACCUGUAGAUAUAAACUUCUUUUACGGAGACAAUAACGAACCUUACACAGUAUUCAUGAUCCCAGGGAGUUUCAUCACCAUCAUGUUUUUCAUGGGGGCCAUGAUGACCUCUCAGAUAAUUAUCACAGAUCGACACGACGGAGUUUGGGACAGAUCCAUAGUAGCAGGUGUUACUUCUCUGGAAAUAACUAUAACUCAUAUGGUCCUUCAAGCAUCUAUUUGUAUCUUUCAAACACUCGAACUAUUGGUGGUGGUGUACGCCAUUUACCAGCAAGAAUAUGUCGGGAGUUUGUGGCUGAUGUAUUUGAUGAUUUAUCUUCAAGGAAUUUGCGGAAUGUCUUAUGGAUUUUGGGUUUCUGUUAUCAGUACAGACCAUUCGAUGGCAAACACUGUUCUUACUGGGAUAUUUCUACCGAUGAUGAUGCUAAGCGGUCUGAUGUGGCCAACUGAGGGAAUGCCGCCAUUCCUGAGAUACUUCGCAAAAUGUUUGCCGUUCACCAUGUGCAUAGAGUCUUUGAGAAAUGUUUCCAAAAAAGGAUGGACUAUUGAUAAUUUUCAAGUUUUCAAUGGCAUCGGUGUUGGAUUAUUAUGGACUAUAUUUUUCGGAACGCUCAGUGUGUUUCUUAUAAAGAAGAAACGAUAAUUUGUAUUUUUAUGUAGGCGUUUAGGAUUUGGGUGAAAUUGCUGGUAGAUGCAAAUAAUAAUAAUUGUGGAAUUAUUGUCACGUUUGCUAAAUUUCUAUUUCUGUUAUUAUUUUUAAUAAAAUUUUAAAAAAUUAAGGAAAAUGUCGCCCGAUAUUUUACUAUAAAACCAGUUAAAUAUUGAAAUUAACCAGAAACUAAAUUAAAAAGAUGUUAAAUUUUAAAAAACAAUAAAAGAAUAUUCGAACAUGAGACAAUUUUUACAUACUUAAUACUUGUGAUUUCAUUUUUAAUAUAAGUA